ACAAUGUGGAAACCAGCCAAUUGCAUCGCAAUUAUCUCUGAGAUAUCAAACAAACGCCAUCGUCAAACAGACGCCAUCGUCAGAUAGACGCCAUCGAUAUUGUGAAGAGGACAAUGGAUUUCAAGGAAGUUUUAUGCCUCCUUUUCAUUUGUUUCUUGGCUUUGGGAGAUACUAAAUCCUGUACCUUCGACAGUGGGUGUUCCUUCGGUGAGUCCUGUUGUACAGAUAAAGUCUGCAGAGAAAGAUGUUACGUCUGUUCGUACGACUACCAGUGUGGAACGAGCGAGCAGUGCUGUACAUAUAAUAGCAAAUGCAUCAGUAGUUCGUCUUCUUGUUCCUGUUCGUCCGACUACCAGUGUGAUAUUGGAGAUGAUUGUUGUGGGGGAGUUUGUUUGUCGACGUGUGGUUGGAAAGGCGGGUCUAUUGCAGGCGCCACUAUCGGUACAAUUAUCUUCUUUGCCAUCAUCAUUUCCAUUGCAUCUUGUUGCUGCUGUGCUUGUUGCCCGUACUACCGUUAUCGUACGCCCGGUGCUGUAGUCGUCGCUCAACGGCCGCAACAACAAUUCAUUUCAGCUCAGACACACACGAUGAUGACGCAGCAAGUACAAGCUCCUCACCCGCUUAACUAUAAUCAGCCUCCAGUUUAUUAUCAGCCUCCUCCAGUUUACAACCAGCCACCACCCGCUUAUUUACCACCUGGUCCAACUCCUUAUCCUCCAGCCGAGGCACAAGGACAAGCGGUUUCGAUUCCGCCUUCCGAACCGGCGGUCAAGUACUAACUAAAGAUGUCUGAAGCAACUCAACAUGAACACAAACGGCAACUCAUUUAUGUAACGCAUUUAUGUACGACGCAGACUCCUAAAUGCAUGGUAGGGCCCAAUUUCGCAUUGAAUAAUUUGCAUGUUGGAGUAGAAUUACAGAAAAGUUAUGCUUGCCAUCGCAAGAUCUUUAUCCAACGGUGGAUUUCUCGAAUAUAAGCUACAAUUUCCUCUUUAGCCAAAUUGCGUGACGAGCAAAGUAGUUUUCCCGGAAUUUCCAAGCAGAGUAGUCUUCCGGGAUGUUGUUGUUUUUUUAAUUUCCGCUUUUUACGGAUGUUUGCGCAGGAACAAUUAGUUUUUUGAGGGAUAUGUCUCGAAAGACUUUAGGCCUUUGUUGAUAAUGUUCCUAUUUACUCUAUAAAGGGCAAAAGGUUGAUUUUCAUUGUAAGAAAAAUUCCCCCCCUACUCCGUCCCCUUCGUUUCAUAUUUUUGCUUGUCAUGCUGGAAACCUUUCAAAGUGCUACAGAAAUUUCGUAACCGUAGAGGUUAUUUUAAUUUCAAAACUUUCUCAUAGGAUGUAAUUUGCUUUACCGGAAAGCUUUUCCUUUAGUGAGACUGUGUUGAAAAGAAAUUCAGUUUUCGCUCUAUCUUUGGCAAUCUGACUUUGGUAAGCAGAUAUUGUAAAUUUUUUUUAGGUGCAAAAAAUUUACAAUUUGGUAUUUUUUACGUAUGAUGUGCGAUCCUCGCAGUA